AUGGAAAAAUAUUGGCGACUGAAAGACCACAAUCCUGGCUCUGUAUUCUCUAAUAAAAGGGUCGAUAGGAAGCAUAUCAGAUGGAAAGCACCUGCACCAGAUUGGUUCAAACUGAACUUCGAUGGUGCUUGUAGAGGUAAUCUCAGGGUCUCUGGAUAUGGUGCCAUUAUCAUAAAUGUUGAGGGUGAUAUGAUUUUGGGCACUUACGAUUCACUUGGAUGGGCCACCAAUAAUGAGGCCGACAUUCAUGUCCUCAUUGCGGGUCUCAGUUUAUGUGUCAAACAUGGUUUGUCAAAAAUAGUUAUCGAGGGUGAUUCACUUAUAGCUAUUAAUGGGCUAAAAAAAUUGCAAUUUCAAAACAGGAGACUAUGUAAAUGGAACCCAUGUUUUACUCUGCUAUUGAACUCGAUUGGAGUCUAUGAGGUCAUGCACACAUAUAGAGAAGGAAACCGGGUUGUGGAUUUUCUUGCCAAUCUAGGCGUUGAUUCUCUCAAUGCUGAGGUGAUAUUUGACAAAGCUUCUGCCCCUGAGAUCAUCUGUGUUAAAGUCAAGUCAGAUCUUCUCCGUAGUAACAAUGUUAAGUGA